CCCAACUCAACCUCCCGUCCCACCCAUGACGGAAGAGCUGCUCCGUAAGCCCCGUCCACAUUGCGUGAAUCCUGCUCUGACAUCUUCCAAUGCUUUCCUUCUUACGGUCCCUCGCUUGCCCCGUUCCCAUCUUCCCCUUCUUGGUCCCUCUUCCUUCUCUCCUCAUAUAUCCUCCGUCACUCCCACUCUCUUCUUAACUACCUCAUCUCUUUUGCUUCUCUUCUCCAAAAAAAACCAUACCUAAUUUUCUCCUCCCCUCCCACCCCCCACAAUUUCAUCAUGGCCGACCAAGCUGUCGCCCGCCUCGCCGGCAUCAAUGUCGGCGCUCCGGCGCGUUCUUUGCCUAGUGCUGAUUUCGGUCUCAUCGGUCUGGCCGUUAUGGGUCAGAACCUGAUCCUUAACGCUGCUGACCACGGCUUCACCGUCUGCGCCUACAACCGUACCACCUCCAAGGUUGACCGCUUCUUGGAGAACGAGGCUAAGGGCAAGCCCAUCGUUGGUGCCCAUUCCGUCGAGGAGUUCUGCGCCAAGCUCAAGCGUCCCCGUCGUAUCAUGCUCCUGGUUAUGGCCGGAAAGCCCGUUGACCAGUUCAUUGAGUCUCUUCUGCCCCACCUUGAGGAGGGUGAUAUCAUCAUCGAUGGUGGUAACUCCCACUUCCCCGACAGCAACCGCCGCACCAAGUACCUGGCCGAGAAGGGCAUCCGCUUCGUCGGCAGCGGUGUCUCCGGUGGUGAGGAGGGUGCCCGUUACGGUCCCUCCCUGAUGCCCGGUGGUAACGAGGAGGCUUGGCCCUACAUCAAGGAUGUCUUCCAGAGCAUCGCCGCCAAGAGCGACGGUGAGGCCUGCUGCGACUGGGUCGGUGACGAGGGCGCUGGUCACUUCGUCAAGAUGGUCCACAACGGUAUUGAGUAUGGUGACAUGCAGCUCAUUUGCGAGGCUUACGAUAUCCUCAAGCGCGGUCUUGGUCUUAAGGGCAAGGAGAUUGCCGAUGUUUUCGCCGAGUGGAACAAGGGCGUCUUGGACUCCUUCCUGAUUGAGAUCACCCGUGACAUUCUCUACUACAACGAUGAGGAUGGAACUCCCCUCGUCGAGAAGAUCCUUGACAAGGCUGGUCAGAAGGGCACCGGCAAGUGGACUGCCGUCAACGCUCUUGACCUUGGCAUGCCCGUCACCCUGAUCGGUGAGGCCGUCUUCUCUCGUUGCUUGUCUGCUAUCAAGGACGAGCGUAUCCGUGCCAGCGGCCUCCUCCAGGGCCCUACCCCCGAGUUCGAUGGUGACAAGCAGGCUUUCAUCAAGGACCUCGAGCAGGCCCUGUAUGCUUCCAAGAUCAUCUCCUACGCCCAGGGCUUCAUGCUCAUCCAGGAGGCUGCUCGUGAGUACGGCUGGAAGUUGAACAAGCCCUCCAUUGCCCUCAUGUGGCGUGGUGGCUGCAUCAUCCGUUCCGUCUUCCUUAAGGACAUCACCAACGCUUACCGCAACAACCCCGACCUUGAGAACCUGCUCUUCGACGACUUCUUCAACAAGGCCAUCCACAACGCCCAGCAGGGCUGGAGAAACGUCGUUAGCAAGGGUGCUCUCUGGGGUAUCCCCACUCCUGCUUUCAGCACUGCCCUCAGCUUCUUCGACGGCUACCGCACCCGGGACCUCCCCGCCAACCUGCUGCAGGCUCAGCGUGAUUACUUCGGUGCCCACACUUUCCGCAUCAAGCCCGAGCACGCCAGCGAGACCUACCCCGAGGGUAAGGACAUCCACGUCAACUGGACCGGCCGUGGUGGCAACGUCUCUGCGUCGACCUACAUUGUUUAAAUCAAACACGCGAUGUAAUACGCUGGACGUGAAGCCUCGCACGGGUCUAGCAGGGGACAGUUGGACUGAGCUCAGGGAGUCCGCGUUAUGCGCUUCCUGAGUGAAGGAAUGACAUGAUGAAAACAAGAAGCCGAACAGGAAG